AUGCAUACACCUUUCGUUUCAGUAACCGUUGAUGAAGAAAUGGCCAGACACGUUCCUUUCACACGGUCAAUGGCCGACGACGAGAACAAAGAAUUCCGCGCUAAUUAUCUGGCCCCUCUCCUUUUACAACAUCUUCCGAAUCUAUCCUCCUCCCCCUCCUACUUUUUCAAUAACCCCCCUCCUUCUACAACCUUUUCCAACCUUUUCCGAAUUUAUCCUCCUCCUACCACCUUUUCAAUAACCCUAUCCUUCUACAACCUUUUCCGAAUCUGUCCUUCUCCCACCACCUUUUCAAUAACCCCCUCCUUCUACAACCUCUUCCGAAUAUAUCCUCCUCCUCGUCACUUUCCAAUAACCCCUCUCCUUCUACAACAUCUUCCGAAUCUAUCCUCCUCCUACCACCUUUUCAAUAACCCCCUCAUUUUACAACCUUUACCAAAACUAUCCUCCUCCUACCACCUUUUCAAUAACCCCCUCAUUUUACAACCUUUACCAAAACUAUCCUCCUCCUACCACCUUUUCAAUAACCCCCUCCUUCUACAACCUUUUCCGAAUCUAUCCUCCUCCUACUACCUUUUCAAUAACUUCCUCCUUCUACAACCUUUUCUGAAUCUAUCCUCCUCCUACUACCUUUUCAAUAACUUCCUUUUUCUACAACCUUUUCCGAAUCUAUCCUCCACCAAGCAACUUUUCAGAAUCCCGCCUCCUUCUAUCACCUAUUUUUUAUAUUUGCUUGUGUUUUUCAAGUCUUUCUUCAAGUUCAUGCUCUGA